GAUGACUUGAUUGCCUUCUCCUCACCACCACACUCUCCUCUGAUGAGCUCGCCAGGAGGCUCGACGCCGUCCUUGACGCCGUCGAGGGCUGCGACACCAGCUGUAGACAGCCCGUCCUUUGCCUCGACGCCGAAUCGAACGGCCACACCUGCAACAGCUGACGACAAUGAUCAGCUCGCCCAAUUCAGGCGGCAAUGGAGGGAGGAGGUGCGAAACAGGACGGGGGUAGAGCCGUCCACGCAGGCUCCUUCGUCGUCAGCGCAAGCUGGUCCUUCAAUACCUCGCCGAGAUGUCGCUGAGCAUGACGCGGGGGAUGAGGAUGACGCCAGACCUCAUUCACCAAGUAGAACUAGGCACCUCCUCGCACUGGCUGAGGAGCAGGAGCGAGCAGAAAGAGCUGAGGCAGCGAACAAUGAGUCAGAGGGCCAAAGAGCAAAGCGCAGGCUACCUCCAAGGCAGAUGGUUGGCGAGAAUGCGCCUGCUCAGGGUAGCGCCGGUACUGUCUCCAAGAUGAAGGCAGCCGUCAAGGCGUAUGCGACAGCGGUGGAGAAUGAAAGGAAGGGAGACCUCGAUGAGGCCCUUUUUCAUUACCGCAAAGCCUUUCGACUAGACACAGCUGCCGAUCGCCUCUACGAGCGAGCAUAUGCGCUUCUUCGACACACGGACUCAGAUGACAAUGCUUCAGUCUCGACCGAGAGGCAGAGGGACGCACUUCUGGCCAGUCCAGAGGUGGCAGACAUGGUCAGGCGAGCGACUGAUUUCGACGAUGUGCGAGUUGCUGCAAUUGAGAAGAUGCAGGCCAAGGUCAAGGAGGCCAAGGAGGCCAAGCAGCAAGACGCUCGACCUGGGAAGGACAAGGAGCAGAAGGGAAUGCCGAAACAGCCACCGACAAGCCCACGGAGACAGACGAAAGAGCAGCAGGUGGAAGGCGUCGCAGCUCUUGGUCAGCGGGACGAGCUAGCAGAGAUCAUUUCCAAGGCCGCUACGAACGAAGAGGUUGAGGGUCGCGAUCUAUCCACCAUCAGCUUCACCAGCCCGCCGCCCUCAAUCUCCAAGGGCGGCGGAGGUCAAACAGGGCAAGACGACUUGGCUGACAAGAUGCAAGGCGCAUCGUUAGAGAAAGAUCAAGAAGCUGUACAGGAGCAAGAGACACAGCCGCCACCGCCAAUCGCCAAGCUUCCUGACGAGAUUCUUGCUCACAUCUGCCGUUGCGUAGUCGAGCCUCGAGGAAAACGGGGUGCCAGGAUCAGGCCGCCAAAGGUCGAGGUAGGCGAUGCGGCGGCGGCGAGAUCAGCAUCAGCAGCGGUGAAAGUGCCAGGUGCAAAGCCAGCGCCUACUCCUCAAGCUGAACCCUCCAGCAACAUCGGCAUCAACAAACCUUCGCAACCUAUAGGCGUCGGCAUCGUACUUGCCGGUCCAGACUGGCAAUCGCUCGAGAUGCUCGCCCGUACCUGCUGGAAAUGGCGUCUCACCUCACGCUCCCGCCACCUGUGGGCAUACAUAGUCGCCGAGACGUACCAAGAACCCCAACUUCCCCUACCUUCCCACCUCAGUACCCCGUCUGCGGGGGUCAAUCCACGCUUGACCUUCAUCCACCACCCUCGCCUCCGACUGACCGGCUGCUACAUCGCCGCCUGCCACUAUUCGCGACAGGGUUUGUCGGUAGACAACGUCUGGGUGCGCGUCGUUCACCUGGUGGAGUUCUACAGGUCAAUUCGAUUCCUUCCCGACGGUAGGGCUCUAACGCUGCUCACGACGGACCAACCAAGGGAUACGGUGGGCAAGAUGCAUGCGGGCAACAGUGACCAGGGAUUCGCGGUGGGCAGAUGGAGGGUGGAGCUCCCCUCCCGCGACACCGACGACGAUGACGACCAGUACGGCGCGGCCGACGAUGAGGAUAUCCUCGCCUCCCUCAAGUCCUCUCGGCAUCGCGGCGACGCCCGCGUGAUCAUCGAGGACCUGCGGGAUCGUACCCGUCCUAAGUACUCCUUCCAGAUGAUACUCUCGUUGCGUUCAACGAGUAGGGGCAAGUGGAAUAAGAUGGAGAUGUUGGACUAUCGAUCGGUCAAUCUAGAGACGGGAGAGGUGGUGAGCAUUCCGAACAAGCAUAGCAGGCCGUUUCACUUUUCUGCUGUUAGGAGUUUCGGGGUAUAGAGCAUCACGAGAGGAGUGGUAGGCGUUGUCACGGGGAGUGGUCCGUAAUGCUAGACGAUUAUGAUGAUAAUAAUCAGAAUGCAGCAAGGUCAUAGUCGCGGCGAAUGCAGGUGCUCCGACCUCUCUGAUCCUCAUUCAGCCUCAUAUCGAUGAUCGUGAACGCACU